GUUUCGUUGUCUCCAUCCUCAUUUUCCACAUCUUCUUCAUCGCUGGUCAAUAAACUGUUGUCUAAAGACGUGCACGCAGACCAACGUUCGACCAUUGGCGAAUCCAAAAAUCUAAACGCCGCCUGGCGGCCAAAUCACUAACCUAGAAGAUGAGUAAUAUCAAAGAGAAAGAAGAAUCUUUGGUUCAGUUUUACUUGUUUGAGUUAGAUAUUUUCAUUUCAUAUUCGUUCAUUUGAGUGGUAUUAUUUGUGCUCUGAGUUUGUGAGGUGCCUGAAAAAGUUUUUUCGUAUUCUGAACAGAAAAAUUGUGUAAGUGUUUAUAUUGGUGUUGUCCCACGAUACCAAAAGAACUUCAUUCUGUUGUCCUCAUUCAGUUAAGAAACUAUUAACUAUUUUACUAAAUUUCAGGCCACGUGGUUGAAUUUUCUGGUGUUGAUAGACUAUUUAGAGAGAUUCAGAGUGCUAUCUUCAUAUUUCAAGGCUAGAUUAUUAUCACCAUGAGUGAACAAGGGAAUAGUACCAAGAAGAAAACUCUUCAUAAUUGUAACUGCUGUGUUUACAAUUGCUCUUCAAGAAAAGGAAAAAGCAGGGCAAUUCAUUUCCAUAAAUUUCCGAAGGAAGAUGCCUCAACAGUUCACAUCACUAAUAGCUUGGGCAUGUUGGAGAAAGUUGAUAGAAGAAAAGAGUGGAUAAAAAGAUUAUUGAUGGGGAAACCUGUUACCAACAACAUGCGUGUUUAUUCCCUUCAUUUCCAGGAUAGCGAUUAUAUUGCUACAGGUUCGGUACUUCAGCACAUGAAACUGAAAGUAACUGCUGUUCCCUCUCGAAAUUUACCAGAGAGGAAAUUUUCAAAGGCAUUGAAUAGGGUCAGCAUUGCAAGACGCAAACAGAGAUUAGAAAAACGAAGUGCUUUAAGGGAUGAGCAUAUUAAUCCACGUCCCACAACUGAUGCCAUUCAUUCACAUGAGUUGCAAAGUACAGAGACACCUGAGCAGCAAAAGGUAUUAGAAAUUUCUGACUUGAAUGAAGAUGAAAAAUCAGUUGUGGAGGCGUUAUUGGAUUUGCAAUUCAUUGGAAAUAAGAAUGUAGUGGAAACUCAUCAUGAUAAAGGAGUUCAAUUGCAGAGUGGUGAUCUAAUAUGGAAUUUCGUAAGCACCAUUACAAGCGAUAAACAGUUGAAUUCCUUGACGGGAAUUCCAAAUUUCGACAUGUUGAAUAAUUUUGUCGAAUUAAUUACUAAGUUCUAUCCGGAUCGAAAAAUCCAUAAAUUGAGUACCAAAGAACGAAUCAUUUUGGUAUUCAUGAAAUUGAAAAUGUCGAUAAAAUUUACAGUGCUGUCAUUUCUAUUCAGGGUUUCUCAGACCACUGUAAAAAAUAUUUUCAGCGAGUAUAUUGCGUAUUUAGCAAAUGUCCUCGAAGGUUGUAUUCAGUGGCCAAGUUCUGAAGAGAUUUAAAAGAAUUUACCACUUUGUUUUGACAAUUUUAAGGCUGUGAGAGUCAUACUAGAUUGUACUGAAAUUCCAGUACAAAAGUCAUCAUGUUUAUCAUGCCGCAUUAGAACUUAUUCUCACUAUAAAGGAAUGCAGACCAUUAAGUUCAUGACGGGUGUAAGUCCUGCCGGAGCUAUAACAUUUGUAUCCAAUUGUUAUGGAGGCAGAAGUUCUGAUAAAGCAAUAUUUGAACAGAGCCGAAUUAUAGAAAAAUUAGAACCUACUAAAGAUUGGGUGAUGGUUGACAAAGGUUUCCUAAUUGAGAGUAUUUGUGAAAAUCAUUCAAUUCGAUUGAUUAGACCUGUGUUUUUGAAGAACAAGAAACAAUUUUCUGAGGAAGAAGCUAAAUUGAAUAUAGCAAUAUCCAAGGCUAGGGUUCAUAUCGAACGAGUGAACCAAAAAAUAAAGAUUUUUGAAAUUUUGAGGGUUCCCUUACCCUUGACACUAGUCAAAGAUAUUGACAACAUUAUUUUGGUCAUUUGUGCUAUGGUGAAUUUGCAAACACCCAUAUUGGAUGAUGAUAAAUUUUUUAAAAACUGAUUCUUGAAUACAAGGUGAUUCAAAAAUUGAGGCGAAAUCUAAUUUUAUAAUUUACUGUAAGCCUAGAAAUGAAUAAGUUGAGUUGAUAUUAUUUUUGUGAUUUGUCUUAAUGUUAGUGUAACACCAUUUCAUGUUCAAUCCUCGAUCUAUUGCCUCAAGUUUUGAAACACCCUCUUUUAUAUUAGCAAGUAUAUAUGUCACUGCCACAACUCAAUUAGGUUGCGUUCACAAACUUACUCUGAGCAAGCUCUGAUUACUCGAAGCGUUCACAAACGUACUUUUAGUUCCUCAGAGUAUGCUCUCUGAGCAUGACCAUACUCAUACUCUACUCUCGGAGUAAGUUUAUGAACACACCCUUUGUGUUGAUUGCAAUCUCAAAAUCAUGAGUCAAUUUCUUAUUCUUUGAUUGUAAUAAAUUAAUAGCAGAGAUUAAUAAGUAUUCUUCAAAAUUCAACUGUUAUUCCACUAAAUUAUCAUAUUGUAUAAUUUCAAUAUAUUUUCUAAAAAAGCUAUUGUGAUAACAAAACAGGUGAUGGUAAUCUCAUUGUUAGAGAAUUUGUUUUUCUAUUUCUUCAUAGAAGUGUUCCUCUGUUGAGCUUAUCGUACUUGCUGAAAUAAAAUGUCUGAA